AUGAAGCACCCUUCUUUGUGUCUGGUCCCAUGCCUGACUGCGCUGGGCGCGUUGGUCGUUGCUGACAGCCGCUUCGUCACCCGCCCAGAGCUCGCUGUGCCAAAGCUCAAUAUCACAGUCCCGGCUCGUGGUGGCGAGGUGGGAGAGGGUCUCAUCUUUGUUGCCCCGUACCUUGGCUUUGAAGAAGGAUCGCACGGGCCAACUCAGCCAGGCGCCUACAUUUUCCGCGAUGACGGAGAGCUAGUCUGGUCUGGCGUCGGCUACCAUGCCGGCUGGGUGGCCAACUUUAGGCCGGAUACAUGGGGUGGCAAGCCAUACCUCAGGGCAUUCCAGGGCCGGCUUGACGGUCCUCAUGGCCGCAUGUAUGGCUUCCAUACCCUGUUGGGAGACGACUAUGAGCUGGCCAAAAAGCUCAAGGUCGGAAACCAUCGUCUAGUAUCAGCCCACGAGUUCAAGUUAAUUGAGGGCAAGACCGUCCUCGUAGAAACGCCCACUCCGGUUGUUGUAUCUCUCAGCCCUUGGGGCGGCAGCAAGGACCAGAACUGGAUUGUCUCGGGUGGCUUUCAAGGCAAGUUUCAGAUACAACUAUGAGCUGGAUUCAUUACUGAUUGUCAAUGCAGAGCUUGACAUCGAGACGGGCAAUGUCUUGUUUGAGUGGCAGAGUUUCGAUCACGUCGAUCCCAAAAGUGAGUCAUCAUCAUUUACUUAUCGAACCGACAAGGCUGACAAUGUCAAUAUAGAGAGUGCGUUCCCACUCGACUUUGGACCUGGAAUCCCCGGAUCUGGUAGGAAUGAAACGGACGCUUGGAACUAUUUCCAUAUCAACAGUGUUGACAAGGACAACGAGGGUAAUUACCUCAUCUCAGCUCGUAACCUUGCAGCUGUGCUGAAAAUCAAUGGCACAAGUGGCAAUGUGAUCUGGCAGCUUGGGGGUUACCAAGGUGGCUCCGACUUUGCGCUGCGGGAAGAAGAUAUCUUCGCCUUUCAACAUCACGCACGGUUCCGUGGCCGUUCUGAUGAUGGCAACAUUGAGACUAUUUCCCUCUUCGACAAUGGCGCUCACUCCGCGCCCAUCAACAAGACCCAUCCCACGUCUCGUGCCCGGAUCUAUGAAUUGAACCACCACACAUCAACUGCCCGAGCCAUCAGAACAUAUGAAGCCCCCGAUGGUCUGUCUGCCCACACGCAGGGCAGCGUCCAACCUCUGGAAAAUGGCAACAUAUUUGUCAACUGGGGCCAAGCGGGAGCCGUGACCGAGUAUAGAAAUGACGGCAAGGUCCUAUUCCACAGCUACCUUGAUUCAAAUCCUAAUCGCUUUGCUCAGAGCUAUCGGGGAUGGAGGCUGCCUUGGGUUGGUAAGCCAGCCGAGGAGCCAGCCGUGACUGCCAGAGUAUCUGACAGCGCAAACUUGGAUAUCUACGUAUCCUGGAAUGGAGAUACCGAAACAUUUACGUGGCGCUUCUACGCUCAGCGAGCAGGGGGCAAGUCCCGUCUUCUAGGUGAGGUGAAGCGGGAGGGGUUCGAGAGCCACGCGACUUUUAACGAAGAAUCCGACAUCAAGGGAGCCCUGAUCACUGCACAAGCGAUCAGUGGCGAUGGGGCGGUUCUCAGACAAUCCAAACCUGUCUCGGUGGAUCAUGUGGCAGCUCAUCCUUAUAGAUUUGA